AUGCAUUAUUUGAACUAUAGACGGAUGGAUCAGAUUAAAGUUGGUGAUAGAAUAUUGUCUGAUGAUGGAUAUCAUGGUACAGUGAUGUAUAUAGGCGAUGUAGACGGGUUUCAAGGUAUGUGGUAUGGAUUGUGUUGGGAUGAUCCUACCAGAGGUAAACAUAGAGGCACCAUCAAAGACAGAACCUACUUUCAAUGUCCCUAUCAUAACAGCAGUGCAUCAUUCAUGAAAAUAGAUAAACUGACAAGAGGAAUCUAUUUCAUGGAUGCGAUCAUCAAUAAAUAUACCGAGAAAUUAGAUAACUAUGUUCAAGUUGAAAUGAUCGGUAUGGAGAAGAUAAGAGAACGACAGAGACAUAUCUCUACACUGGAGAAUAUCAAUGCUACAUCCUUAAAGAUUGCUAAUAUUAACGAUGAUCCUAUUAUAUUUACUUAUUUAUCUGAGAAUUUAAAAGAAUUAAACUUGACAAAUAAUCUACUUUCAAAUUGGAAUGAUAUCAUUAAACUAUUGAAACAACUGAGGAAUCUGGAGAAUUUAACAUUAAGUGAGAAUAGAUUAGAAUUCAAUCAUAAAGAUAUAGUGGAGAGUGUCAGCGUUGAUAACAAGUUCAAAACAAUCACCACAUUACUAAUCAAUCGUACAAACAUCAAUUGGUCGACGGCAGUCUCGUUGGUUUCUCUUUUAUUCCCAUCAUUAACAACACUUGGAUUACACUCUAAUUAUAUUACUGAUUUAACAUACAACAACAACAACAACAACAACAGUUCAACCGAUGAAAAUAAUAACAAUAAUAAUAAUGAUCUACAAAAUAUAUUUAAAAAUCUAUUAAAUUUAGAUCUAAGUAAUAAUCUAUUAUCAAAUACAAAUGAUCUAAUUGAAUUAAGUAAAAUAGAAAGUUUAAUACAAUUAAAUUUAAAUGAUAACAAGUUUAAAUCAAUAGAGAUACCUGAAGAGUUGACAAGUGUAUCAUAUGAUCAAUGCUAUGCAAAAGAUAUUGUCUACUUAAGGGAAGAAAAUGAGGAUCAUUAA